AUGAGGAUGUCCUCAGAAGAACUGGAAACCACAAACAGCUGGCACAGCACAGACCUCAACGCAUUCACUUCCCAUUAUUUCCGCCACCACGGCCUUCUCCUCUUCACGCUCCUCCUCUGUUUUCUCAUCUUCCUACUCGCCUUCUUCUUCUUCUACUUCAUCAACAAGUUCACCGGCGGCGCCAAUUUUCCGGCACCCAGGCCGGCGGAGGCGCCGCCGCCGACAAAAGGGCUCGACGCGGAAUCGAUUCAAACGUUGCCGGCCGUGGCGUAUGUUUCUCUGGGCGUUAAGGAUAUGAGCGAAUGUUCGAUCUGUUUGGGGCUGUUUGAAGAGGUGGAGAUCGUUAAGGUGAUGCCGGAGUGCUGCCAUGUCUUCCACGGCGCGUGCGUCGACACGUGGCUGUCGACUCGUCCCAGCUGUCCUCUCUGUCGGGCGUCUCUCGACUCCGUCAGUGCAUGA